AGCUUGGAGUUGGGAUUGGGACACACACUUGGGAAGCGCCCGCGAGAAAAAAACAUGCGAGUCUGGAGUAAACAAGCAUCCCGAGCGCUUUACAGCAUCGUUGCGACUUCACCAUCAUCAUUCGCUUCUUCAUCUUCAUCUUCAUCUUGUUCUUUGAUAGCAAGAGCCCUCACCACUUGGCGGCGAUCACACCCUCUGAUCCAAUCUCCCCAUCAUGCAUUCGGGGCCGUCCUCGAGUGUCCAUGGUCCGCCACGCAGCUCCGCGGUGCCAAGUUCCGCGGCUCCGAUGUCAAACCCGGAAACGUCAUUGAAAGAAAAGGCAAAAUUUAUCAGGUUGUAAAAGCACAGCACACAGUGCAAGGAAGGGGGGGUGCAUGCAUACAGGUUUGUUUACAAAUUCCUUUAGGCUUAGUUUACCUCCAAUCGGCAUCUAAUUUAGACUUGCAAUACACAUUUAAUGUAUGCUUUGGUAUGUAUUCUCUUGGGAAUACUUUACAAGCAUGUGCUAUACCCUUUCUUUACUAAAUCAAUUGAAUCAGU